AUUGCGGCAACCCAGAAUAUCACAGAUACAGGCAUACAGCGACAGUCCACGUGGUCGCACGCAGGAGGAAAUGGAAUGCUGUUGCGAUCCUGGUUUGUGAUGAUGGAUCAACUUUCAUAUUGAACCGAUCGAAUCAGAGAGAGGCGGACGAUGAUCGAGGCGAAGCCCACCUUGCUCGUGCCCCGGCGCAUUCCGCGGCGCCGAACUGGCCAGACGCCUCGACGGUCGGCCUAUAAGUGGAGCCAGAUGGCACCCUCCCGGUUAAGUAACUCCGUGAUCGACAGCUCUGUUCCAUCCAGUCACGAAGCAGAGGAGAGAGCUGUACUCCUACGUCGGUAGGCUCAUAGCUGGGGAGAUGGUGCUCAACGGCGCCCUGUUCUUGCUCGUCUGCGCGGCUGCUCGAGCUGCUGCGUCGGGCGGAGACGGCCCGCUGCUGAACGGGAACUUCGAGCAGGCGCCGAACAGGUCGCAGAUGAACGGCUCGAGGGUGACGGGGAAGUACGCGAUCCCGCACUGGAAGGCCACCGGGUUCGUGGAGUACAUCGAGUGCGGCGCGAAGCAGGACCACAUGGUCCUCGUAGUGCCUGAGGGCAGGCACGCCGUGCGGCUGGGCACGGAAUCCUCGAUCGAGCACCAGCUCAGCGUGACGCGGGGCAAGUACUACUCCGUCACCUUCAGCGCGGCGCGCACCUGCGCCCAGUCCGAGAAGCUGCGCGUGUCGAUCGUCCCCGGCGACGUCUCCGGCGGCGAGCUCCCCGUCCAGACGGUGUACACCAGCAGCGGCUGGGACUCGUACGCCUGGGCCUUCAAGGCCCAGCAGGGCGUCGUGUCGCUCAUCAUCCACCACGGGGACGACCAGGUGGACGACCCCGCCUGCGGCCCCAUCGUCGACGCCGUCGCCAUCAGAAUGCUCAACCCUCCCCACGCCACCCACCAGAACAUGCUGAUCAACGGGGACUUCGAGGAGGGGCCGUACAUGACCCCGGGGUCGCCGUGGGGGGUGCUGGUGCCGCCCAUGGACGAGGACGCCACGUCGCCGCUGCCGGGGUGGGCGAUCAUGUCCCACUCCAAGGUGGUCAAGUACAUCGACGCGGCGCACUUCCGGGUGCCGCACGGCUCCCGCGCCGUGGAGCUGGUGGCCGGCGUGGAGGUGGCGCUGCUGCAGGAGGUGGCCACCGUGCCCGGCAGGUCCUACAGGCUGCAGUUCUCGGUGGGCGACGCCGGCAACAGGUGCGCGGCGUCGCCCAUGAGCGUGCAGGUGGCCACGGCGUACGGGAGCAAGCGCGUGUCGUACGAGUCCCACGGCACCGGCGGCCACGUGCGCGACAAGCUCGACUUCAAGGCGGAGGGGAACAGCACCCGGGUGGUGUUCUACAGCACGGGCUACCACACCGCGUCCGACCGCAGCGGCACGCUCUGUGGCCCCGUCGUCGACGACGUCUCCCUCGUCAGUGUUUCGCACCCGCAUGCUCGCCGGUUGCUCCGCUGAUGCGCCUCGCAGGAGCCGGUGCUUUUUUUUUUCUUGAUGAGUUGGGAGCCCGUGCUUAUGUGUGCUGCUAGAAUGUGAGUUUCUCGGGAGAGAGCGGCUCGGAAGCGGAAAAUUGACUGCUGAGAAUGAGAUGAUAGUUGUUGCGUGACAACAGACUUAACAUUGCCUCAACAGAUUGAUCAUGAUUCACUGCAAACAGUACCACCGUAAUCGGCUGGAAACAUCA